GUGGGGAUGGUGGAUGCGCAGUUUCCUGUUAACUUACUACACAAUUCAUCAUUCUUACGGCGCGGCGGUUUCUGAUGAGGUUUUUUGGGAAAUUGAUCGUUUGCCGGUAUCGAUACUUGUACUGUACCUGGUAAAUUAGUGACGUGAGGAGGCGAUCUUUUAAAACUUGGCUGGGAAGCUACUUGAGCACGGGUAUGAUACUUUGUACGAAACAAAUACAAGCUCUUUCCCCCAUGCCAGGGAAUACGGAGGGGAGAACAUGUCGUCGAAUACGGUAUCCACUCAAUCGAGUCCGUUUGGCCUUCAAGGUGGUGAGAGGCUGGAGGUGGUGGAAAUGCGCUCUGCUGGGCUAAGUCAACAUGGGUGGACUAAGGCGGUUUAUAAUAAGCCGCGAGCCGUGAUUUUGGUUUGGCCACAGAGGUCGGGCACUGUACGGUACGAGUACCCGGGUCGCCGGAUUGAGGUCGCUCCUGUUUUGGCGGUGACCCACCAAAAAAAAAGGCCACUUCGAUCCGUCGAUACGAGUAUGAGUGAUAGGAUGAUCGCAUUUUCACUAUAUCGUAAAUUAUAUAUAUAUAGCGUGCGUGUCUGUAUAGUGCGAUCGAACCUACCAGGGCUGGCAUAUUGACCUCCCCGAUCGCAUUUGAACUCAACCCCGUAGCAAGGGAACAACCCCCAAAUAAUAGCUUUUAUCGUAGCAUUUCCCAAACAUAUAAUACCAUACCAUAGGUUGCCUGUGGGUUAACCCUGGGGCCUGGGCUGGUGGUGGCGAGGUGGUCACCACCAAAAUUCGACUUGACCCGAGGGCUGGGGUUGGGGGGCUAUUCGGCUGAAAACAAUUUGAGGACUAAAUUCGAGGGCUUCGUUCGCUCAAUCGUCCUUCUUUGUUCAUGCGUUUGUUCGCCAACUUCUCACCCUCCGAACCUCUAAAUCUACGAAGGGGCGUUCGUUUCUUUGAUCUUUCAGCGAAAUGCCAAGCCACUCUAUCCCCGCGUCACGGACCAUGGUCAGGUUCAUGACUGCACCUGGCUCUGAUGAGCGGUGCAAACUGGUUUAACUUGCGGGAUACGGGUAUUCGUGUGUUCACGAUUGGCAGAUGCCCUGUGGAAGGCGCUACCCACCCAUGCUAUAUAUACGGGUAAUCCAUCGCCUGAAGUUCGGUUAAUCACUGUGCUAGCACUGAGUGGGUAUGGGAAGAGCUACCGUACAGUGCAUUAAUAUUAAUACCCCCUUAUGCCCCCUAGAGAUCACCACCAAGUAUACGCAGCAACCGCCCUCACUACCACCACCACCACCGUCGACCUCACAUUAUCCGCCUCCAUCCUACGAAGAUUAUAAAGCAACCGAGACCGGUUACCUUCGGGGAUCAUUGUCCGGCCUAUUGUUGUUUGCUGUCGCUUGCACCAUCCUUUCCAGGAUGUAUCGCCCUGCGGUACUGUUGUCCUUGUUAUUGCUUUUUCCUACUGAGGGGAAACCGACGAUGUUGAUGAGAACUAGGGCUACCAAACUCCCCCGAUGAUACCUUAUGAGGGGGAGCACAGAUGGACCUUUCGGGCCCCCCGGGAGUUGACCUUCCGGCAGGAGCAGCUCCCGAACCCGCAGCUUACGGUAAAGGGGCACGUCAGGGUCAGGUCUUACGAUCCGAGGGAUGGAGGGGAUGAGGGCGUGGUAAUAGACGUGAAGAUGAGGAUGAGCCACCGGGACGUGGAGAGUAUGAUCGAGAUCCGGGCUGUCAGGGAUGGGGUGAUCAUCAAGGUAUGAUAGUUCGACCACCUUCCGCCCAUCUGUGGUUCAGCCGGUGGGCUGUGCUAUGCAUGCCGUGGUCUAGCACGGUUACACUGACGAAUUCUUGAGCAGACAAAACCGCAAAGGUCAUGGUCGACGCUGUCCUGUCUCAACAUUGCCGCUACCAUCUCCAUUCCUCUAAGUAAUCCACAUAUAGAGAGCACCGGUAUUUAUACCGAGACACUGGGAAUCACCGUUGAGCCGAAUUGUGACCUGGUGACCCCUUUGCUUGAAUUGAAGACGGCCGCUGGCGACAUAACGCUUGAUGAAGCCUUUGGGGUGGAGGCAUGGAAGGCCAAGGCUUCCGCCGUCAGCGGCUCAAUUAGCGGUGAUUUUGCUUUGUUCGAGUCGGUCGAGUUAUACGCUGCUUCGUACUGCUCCCAUCCCUCAAUGCUCCCACACCCGAACUCCGACCCCAAUUAUUGACUAAUGAUAUGAUGCAGUGGGGCGAUAAAAACCACCCUCUUCCCUCAACAACAUGGGGGUGGUACAACAAGCUACAAGGCCACUACAAUCUCCGGCAACAUAGAGACCUCGUUCCCGGACACUAACCCGCCAGAGGGGCACUACGAGACUGAAGUUAACACGACAGCUGGGCGCAUCACGGGCCAAUACCUCCUUGGCCACGCGCUAUCACUGAAGACCACUAGCGGGAGCAUAACCUCGACCAUCGUCCCGACAAACGCUCGUAACGCACAGCUCAGAACCGUCUCCACGCAAGGGAACACAGAGCUGAGGUUCAAAAGGGGGCUGGGGGCCGGCAGAUGGGGAUUAUUUGCGAAACACGAGGCUAUUAGCGGGAAUAUCAACGUGAAGUAUCCGACGGAUUUCGAGGGGGCCUUGACAGCAUCUACCGUUGCCGGCAGGAUCGCUAUUGGCGGCGCAGAAGUCGAUGCUGUUGCUAGCGGCUGGCCGAUCACUAAAAGGGUUGAUGGUACAAAAGGGGCAGGGAGGGAGGGGAGGGGAGGAACGGUUGAAGCGGUAGGAACAAGUGGUGGAAUACAAUUGUGGGUUGGAUGAUGAUGUGGUGGAGUGUUUGGAAUGUACAUGUUUAACGCAAGGGGAAAGGGGGUGAAUUUUUGCUUCCCAUCCGGAUUUCGCAGUUGUGUUGUUGUUGGGAGAGAGAGUAGCUAGCGGCGGUCACGAUACCUACUCGCUAUUCAAUUUUGAAUCGAUUGGUGAUUUAG